CACUUGCCAGCCGUCCUCGUUUUAUACAUUUCGGUUUUCGAAUAAAUUAAAAUCCUCGAGGUUGUUACACGCAUGUUUCGCGCGAGAUGCCCACGCGUCGUCCACGUUCCAAUAUGGAGGACGAAAGCGCUGUAGAACGACCACAAGAAGACAAUAACGAAUCGAGCGAUGAUCAUGGCAUUAGCAGUGCAGUAUCUUCAAUAUAUGGCGGAGCUAAGAAGAUUGGAUCGUUUGUUGUGCCUCCAACACCAGAUUUAUGGCCAGAUAUGGACAAAGUAGAUGACAUGGUUCAAGUGAUAACUUACGCUGGGUAUGCUCUCAUAUCAUUUGGCGUUAUUGGUAGCGCCUUUUUCGCUCUGAAAACCACACGAGAACUGGCUCAAUGGAGAACUUGGUUAAAAUUUAGGAAGUUUGGAAGACGGUGGUAGCAUCCAGAAGCUGUAUUUGUACUGUACACACGAUUUAAAAUCAUAUAUAGAUAAAAUACAGAAUGCUAUAUAAAACCUCAGUAUAAAAUAUUAUGGUCGGAUGUACAAUAUAUUCCAUUUACUCAUAAGGCAUCAUUGUGAAUGUUAAGUAAUGUAGGCAAAUAAAGGUUCAAUAUAAUUGAACAAUACUUAACUUGUAUGUCUGUGAAAACAUUACCCAGAAAUGACGGAAUGUUGUAUACUGAUAAAAUAAAAAUAUUAAAUAAAAUAAAUAUGCACAUUUUUUAAGCUUCGUCAAACGCGGGUAGGAGUUGGCAUUCGCGUAUCGUUUCAAGGAACAUUUGAAGCUCUAGGUUAACAAUAAAGGUUUGAUAUAAAGUCUUUCAACUACGUUUUAAUUUUAUAAAUAGAAUACAUGAUAGUGUUGGGAAAGCGUCA